CUCAAGGUCAGAAAGGAAAAAGCCUCCUGCCUCAUUACACAUGUCUUGCCUCCCCAGGUCUGACCUAUCAGAAACAUGGCAACCAGUGCCGUCCCCAGUGACAACCUCCCCACGUACAAGCUGGUGGUGGUGGGAGAUGGGGGUGUGGGCAAGAGCGCCCUCACCAUCCAGUUUUUCCAGAAGAUCUUUGUGCCUGACUACGACCCGACCAUCGAAGACUCCUACCUGAAACAUACGGAGAUUGACAAUCAAUGGGCCAUCCUGGACGUUCUGGACACAGCCGGGCAGGAGGAAUUCAGCGCCAUGCGGGAGCAGUACAUGCGCACAGGGGACGGCUUCCUCAUCGUCUACUCGGUGACAGACAAGGCCAGCUUCGAGCACGUGGACCGCUUCCACCAGCUCAUCCUGCGCGUCAAGGACAGAGAGUCAUUUCCGAUGAUCCUCGUGGCCAACAAAGUCGAUCUGAUGCAUUUGAGGAAAAUCACCAGGGAACAAGGAAAAGAAAUGGCGACCAAACACAAUAUUCCGUACAUAGAAACCAGUGCCAAGGACCCACCUCUCAACGUCGACAAAGCCUUCCAUGACCUGGUGAGGGUAAUUAGGCAACAGAUUCCGGAAAAGAGCCAAAAGAAGAAGAAGAAAACCAAAUGGCGGGGAGACCGGGCCACCGGCACCCACAAACUGCAGUGCGUGAUAUUGUGACGGGCCUGAGACCCUGGCCACAGUGACCGUGAACUGGCCGGCCCUCGGGACCCUCCACUGCCUAACCGCACUGAAAACCAUUUCUAACCAUGACCCUUGGCCCGAGGACCUGGCACGGGAAGGGAGAAAGGGAGGGUGGGCAGGAAGGAGAUAUGCUCCGGCUUUGCCAAAAGGGCACAGGCUUUCCCAUGUCUCGUAAGAGACCGGGAAGCAACGCUAAACAGAAGCAGCACCCAAGCCCCUCACGUUGAUUCAACCCGGUUCCUCCCCGUCUCUCUCAGUGGCUACGUUGUUUCUUUGAAGUACACAAUACUGAUUUGACAUUGAAGGGUGUACCUCAGACAAAGUACCAAAUAAGCCAUGAUCAAUUCCCCACCGGCUCCAGCCUCCAACCCAAAGUGUCUGAGCUUGGGUGUCUUUUUUAGAUUUUUAAAUUAUUUUAGUGAUUAUUAUUUUAUUAAAGGGGUCUGUGCCCACUGACUGGUGGAGCUUUAAGUCUUCAGCAGGCCUCUCUGAGACCAUGUCUGGAAUAUUGUUGUUGUUGUUGUUUUUAACUGAGUUUUCCCAGCAGUGCCAAAACUCAGCUCAACAUGGAAGUGGAGGGACCGAGAGCCUGGAAGUUAAUGAGGACUGUGGCUGGAGGCCUCAGGAUGAACACCCCACUCGUGGCCUCCAAGCUGGAGAGAAGAGAGAUGCAUUCACCCAGAAGGUUCUGCAGAGUUUGAGGGUGUAGGUAUUAGGAAAUGGAAUUUUAUUUUGCUGAGCGGAGAGGCUGGCACAGGCGUGUCAGUUUUAAGAAGGUUUUUUCUUAUCCUUUUUAAAUGUAUAAAUUAAGCUGAUUGGCUUUGCAGAGGGGUUCGUUUACUUUUCAGAUAGUGCAGAUUCCAUUCUGUGCUCUGAGGGCUCUCCCGAAUCUGUCUCUUCCCGCUUUCUCACGGCCUGUGCUGCCUGGUGCCUC